CACAAACUUGAUUCCUCUCUCUCUCUCUCUCUACAUAUAUAUAUAUAUAUAUAUAUGUAUGUUUCAUAUUUAUAAGAGGGAAAUGCUCUCAAUUCUCUUCCAUCUCUAGGUCUGUCUCAGUGCCAAUCAUGGAGACUCGAACACCACCACCACGGCUUGCAAUCACCACAAUACCGACCCGGGUCAACUCGUUCGUAGCCAACAGCCGAAUCGGAAAGUAUUUCAAACUCGACAACCGAGGCACCACUUUCACAACCGAGCUCCGUGCCGGCACAGCCACGUUCCUCACCAUGGCCUACAUCCUUGCAGUAAACGCCAGUAUCCUCACCGACUCCGGCGGUACCUGCACCGUAGCCGACUGCGUCCCCCUAUGCACCGACCCUUCCAUCUCUGUUUCCAACUGCGCCGCCGCCAACCUUACCGUGGUCCAACCCGACGCGUCCUGCAAAUUCGACCCGGUUAACCCGGGUUACACAGCCUGCCUUGCCGGAGUCCGCCAAGACCUGAUCGUCGCCACCGUCGCUUCUUCAAUCAUUGGUUCUAUAAUCAUGGGCGCGUUUGCUAACCUUCCCUUAGCUUUAGCCCCUGGUAUGGGCACCAACGCUUACUUCGCCUACUCCGUCGUCGGCUUCCACGGCUCCGGCAACAUCACUUACCGAACAGCUUUAGCAGCGGUCUUCAUUGAAGGGCUUAUUUUUCUCCUCAUUUCCGCAAUUGGGUUAAGAACCAAACUAGCAAAACUCGUCCCCAAACCCGUUCGAAUCGCUUCCUCUGCCGGAAUCGGUCUUUUCCUCGCAUUCAUUGGGCUUCAAUCCGGCCAAGGACUCGGCCUCGUCAGCUUCAGCUCAGCCACACUUGUCACAAUCGGCGGUUGCCCCUCUGAUCAACUCGCAUCUGUCGCUCCGGUGAUCACUUACCCAAAUGGCACUGUCGCUCUCAUGCCCGGAGGCACUGUUUCCGGCGGCAUUCUCUGCUUGAACGAUAAAAUGUUAAGCUCAACCUUCUGGCUCGGUGCUGUGGGUUUCGUAAUCAUAGCUUAUUGUCUAGUAAAGAACGUCAAAGGAGCGAUGAUAUACGGUAUAGUAUUUGUCACAGCGGUUUCCUGGUUCCGUAACACCCAAGUCACCGCGUUCCCUAACACUGACUCGGGCAACUCGGCUUACCAGUACUUCAAAAAGGUCGUUGACGUUCAUGCCAUCCAGAAUACAAAAGGUGCGAUGAGCUUUACGGGUAUAGGGCAAGGGUAUUUUUGGGAAGCUAUGAUAACAUUUCUAUAUGUGGAUAUACUCGAUACUACGGGAACGCUUUACUCGAUGGCUCGGUUCGCCGGGUUUGUUGACUCAAACGGUGAUUUCGAGGGUCAAUAUUUCGCGUUCAUGUCGGAUGCCACGUCGAUUGUGAUAGGAUCGUUGUUGGGUACUUCACCGGUGACGGUUUUUAUAGAGUCGUCGACAGGGAUAAGAGAAGGUGGGAGGACAGGGAUGACGGCGUUAACGGUGGCAGGGUAUUUCUUCUUGAGUUUCUUUUUUACGCCGUUAUUGGCAUCUAUACCGGCUUGGGCUGUUGGAUCACCGUUGAUUUUGGUUGGGGUUUUGAUGAUGAAAUCUGUGGUGGAGAUUGAAUGGAAUGAUAUGAAGGAAGGGAUACCAGCAUUUAUGACGUUGAUAUUGAUGCCUAUGACUUAUUCGAUUGCGUAUGGUUUGAUUGGUGGGAUUGGGACUUAUAUUGUUUUGCAUUUAUGGGACUGGGGAGAGUUGGUGUUGGGGAAGUUUGGGAUUAUUGAGAGGAGAAAGGAGGAAAAGAAGGCUUUGGUAGGGGUAAAUGAGUCAAAUGAACUUGCUCUUGAAGGUGGGGAAAGGAGGGGAUCUGAAAUUCAGUUAUCAGUUUAAUUUUUUUUUUUUUUUUAAUUAUACGUGUUUGAUAUUUGUAAUUUAUUUUUUCAAUUAUUACUACAGUGGAUAAAAGAAGAGAAAAAGUGUAAAAAAGUUAAUUUGU